AUGUCCAGCGAUUCUGACACUGAUAAUUCACCUCCUGCUGUACCAGUGCCACAUAUUAAAGCACCUGGUCCACUAAUUCUUUCGUCUGAAAAUGUUCAGAAAAAAUGGUCUCUAUGGAAACAGAUGUGGGACAAUUAUGUUAUCGUAUCUCGAUUGUCUGCGCAUACUGAACAGUAUAAAAUAGCUCUUUUCCUAGUAACUACUGGUCAAGAGGCACUGGAAAUCUAUAACGGUUUUGAAUAUGAGGAUGGGGAAGAUCGAACACAGCUAGAUGUUAUCAUUCAUAAGUUUGACAAGUUCUUUGCGGGAGAGAUAAAUGAGAUUUACGAAAGAUACAUUUUCAACCAGAGAAACCAGAAAAUAGGUGAAACAUUUGAUGCUUACUAUGCUUCUCUAAAAUAUCUUGCCAAAACUUGCAAUUGUGGUGACUUACAUGAUAGUCUGAUAAGAGACCGUAUUGUGCUAGGUAUACAAGACAAUACCACUCGCAAACGUUUGUUACAAGAACGCAAACUUACUCUAAAAACUUGUUCCGACAUCUGCAAAAGUGAUGAAGCUGCAUCUACGCAGAUGGGUGCGAUUGCGACACCAUCUCUAUCUGAAGAAAUUCACAAACUGCAAUCUCGUAGAACAAAACCUGCUCAGAACAAAUCCAGAUCUGCUGAAACUCGCUUCUCUUCUUCGGAGAAUAAGAAACUCUGCAAAUUCUGUGGGAAGAGACAUGUUUUCCAAAAGAAACUAUGUGCUGCAUGGGGAAAAUCUUGUUCCAAGUGCAAGCAAAUGAACCACUUUGCUGUUAAGUGUCCUCAAACGAAAGUACACCACAUCGACGAUGGCUCUAACACUGUCGAAUCCGAUUGUGAGCUGAUCCAGUCAGUGGGCGACUCCCAAAAGACUGUCUUUGCGAAAAUGGAAAUUGCUGGAAAACCUGUAAAAUUUCAGAUAGAUAGUGGAUCCUCAGUUAAUAUACUGCCAAAGAAGUUCGUGAAAAACACUAAGUUAAGGCAGACCGAAAUGACUCUGAAAAUGUGGAACAAGUCGAACCUGAACCCUCUUGGCACUUGCAGGACAAUUCUGAAAAAUCCAGCAAAUCGUAAAACAAGACCUACAGCCAAUUCUUGGUAA